GCCAUGUUUUUCCCGUGCUCCUCUCCGCCAGGCGCCCAACACGCCGUCGGCGCUAUAGCAACGGUAGCUAGCCGCGGGGAGAGAGUGGCGACAUGCACAGACCAUUUAUAUCCGCGUACAAAACUGAGUUACUAUGGUGCAUCUCUGAAGAAUAGAAACUGUAAAGACGCCAGAAUUAACUGGACAGAUUGUAUGUUGAGACAGGCCAUGUCUCGUCCCACUGAUGAGACGGCAGGAGACCUGCCUGUGAAAGAUAUAGGUCUAAACCUCUCUGGAAUGGGAGGGUUACAAGAAACUUCAACAACACGGACAAUGAGGUCUCGCCAGGCAGUGUCACGUAUCAGUCGUGAGGAACUGGAAGACAGAUUUUUGCGUCUGCAUGAUGAGAACAUUUUGCUUAAACAGCAUGCCCACAAGCAAGAGGAUAAAAUUAAAAGAAUGGCCACCAAGUUAAUACGGCUAGUUAAUGACAAGAAAAGAUAUGAGCGGGUUGGUGGCGGCCCCAAGCGGCUGGGACGAGAUGUGGAAAUGGAAGAAAUGAUGGAGCAGCUUCAGGAGAAAGUUCAUGAGCUUGAAAGACAGAAUGAAGUCCUCAAGAACAGACUCAUUUCAGCCAAACAGCAACUUCAAAUCCAGGGUCACAGGCAAACGCCGUACAAUUAUGUGCAGUCUCGUGUUAACACUGGGCGUAGAAAAGCGCAUGAAAAUGCAGGCUUACAGGCAUGCCCCAGGAAAGGUAUUAGAUUCCAAGAUGUCGAUGUAGCAGAAACUCUACAACCCAUGCUUACAAAAUAUGGCAACAAUUUACUUGAAGAAGCCAAAGGAGAAAUAAGAAAUUUAGAAAAUGUUAUUCAGUCACAGAGAGGCCAGAUAGAAGAGUUAGAGCACUUGGCUGAGAUCCUGAAAACUCAGUUGAGAAGAAAAGAAAAUGAAAUUGAGUUAUCUCUUCUUCAGCUUCGAGAACAGCAGGCUACAGAUCAAAGGUCAAACAUUCGGGACAAUGUAGAAAUGAUUAAGCUUCAUAAACAACUAGUGGAAAAAAGCAAUGCUCUUUCAGUAAUGGAAGGAAAAUUUAUUCAGCUUCAAGAGAAGCAAAGAAGUCUCCGGAUCAGCCAUGAUGCCUUGAUGGCAAACGGAGAUGAACUAAAUAGGCAGCUCAAGGAGCAGCGUUUAAAAUGCUGCAGUCUUGAGAAACAAUUACAUUCUGCGACAUUUUCUGAAAAAAGAGUAGAAGAGCUGCAGGAUAGAAUUAAUGAUUUAGAAAAGGAACGGGAACUUUUAAAGGAAAACUAUGAUAAACUUUAUAACAGCCGAUUUCCAGGCUCUCCUUGCAUGUCACGUGUGUUUUGCAGUGCCUUCAGUGCUGCCCACGAAGAGCAAUGGAAGUUAAAGGAACAGCAGCUGAAAGUUCAGAUCGCUCAACUCGAGACUGCCUUAAAAUCUGACCUAACAGACAAAACUGAAAUCCUUGACAGAUUCAAAACCGAAAGAGACCAAAAUGAGAAACUCAGUCAAGAAAACAGAGAACUACAGUUACAGUAUCUGGAACAAAAACAACAACUUGAUGACCUUAAACACCGCCUAAAGUUUUACAACCAGGAGAGUGAUAUGAAUGCUGAUGAAUUGAGUGAAGCUCUCCUGCUUAUAAAGGCUCAAAAAUCACAAAAAAACGGAGACCUUUCCUUUUUAGAGAAAGUAGACAAUAAAAUUAACAAAGAUCUAGAACGCUCCAUGAAAGAGCUACAAGCAACUCAUGCAGAAACAGUGCAAGAACUUGAAAAGACACGAAACAUGCUAAUUAUGCAACAUAAAAUUAAUAAAGAUUAUCAGAUGGAAGUUGAAGCAGUGACCCAGAAGAUGGAAAAUUUGCAGCAAGAUUAUGAACUCAAAGUGGAACAAUAUGUUCAUCUUCUUGAUAGCAGAGCUGCACGCAUUCAGAAACUAGAAGCCCAAUUAAAGGAUAUUGCCUAUGGCACCAAGCAGUAUAAAUUUAAACCAGAAAUCACACCAGAUGACUCCAUUGAUGAAUUUGAUGAAACUCUUCACUUAGAACGAGGCGAAAACCUAUUUGAAAUCCAUAUCAACAAAGUAACCUUUUCUUCUGAAGUUUUACAGGCGUCUGGAGAUAAAGAGCCUGUCACUUUCUGUACCUAUGCUUUCUAUGAUUUUGAACUACAGACAACUCCCAUUGUGCAAGGCCUUCACCCAGAAUACAACUUCACUUCUCAAUAUCUCGUUCAUGUUAAUGACUUAUUUUUACAAUAUAUUCAGAAGAAUACUAUCACUCUUGAGGUCCACCAAGCUUACAGCACAGAUUAUGAAACAAUUGCGGCAGGCCAGUUGAGAUUCCAUGAAAUCCUAGAAAAAAGUGGUCGAAUAUUUUGCACAGCAAGUUUGGUUGGAACUAAAGGAGACAUCCCAAAUUUUGGCACAGUGGAAUACUGGUUCAGAUUACGGAUUCCCAUGGAUCAAGCAAUUCGACUUUAUCGAGAACGAGCAAAGGCUUUGGGAUAUAUAACAUCAAAUUAUAAGGGGCCAGAGCAAAUGCAAUGGUCAAGUCAGCCAGCACCCAAAACUUCUCAGCCCAGUUCUGCUGAUCCCACAGAUGGCAACUUAAAUGAACUUCAUGUUACAGUCAGAUGUUGCAGCCACUUGAAGUCCCAAGCAAACCACCUUCAGCCACACCCAUAUGUUGUGUACAAGUUUUUUGAUUUUGCAGACCACGAUACAGCCAUCAUUCCCAGUAGCAAUGAUCCACAGUUUGAUGAUCACAUGUGUUUCCCAGUGCCGAUGAAUAUGGAUUUGGAUCGGUACCUUAAGUCAGAGUCUCUGAGUUUUUAUGUGUUUGAUGAUAGUGAUACUCAAGAGAAUAUAUAUAUAGGAAAAGUCAAUGUGCCUCUGAUUUCAUUGGCACAUGACAGAUGUAUCUCAGGAAUAUUUGAGUUAACAGAUCAUAAAAAGCAUCCUGCAGGAACCAUCCAUGUUAUAUUGAAAUGGAAAUUUGCUUACCUUCCACCAAGUGGAUCUAUAACAACUAAAGACUUGGGAAAUUUUAUACGCAAAGAAGAGUCAGAAGUUGUCCAAAGAGUACCUUCAACAUCCUCUGUUAGCCCAUUAGUUGUUGCACCAACACCUAAACCAAGACAGCGUUUAACACCUGUAGAUAAGAAAGUGUCUUUUGUGGAUAUCACACCACAGCAGAGUUCUGAGAUAACUACUCCUCCUGAAGAUGUGAAGGAAGUUUCAUCAGAAGUUGAGCAUACGCCAGAAAUAGAAACUGACGUGCCAACUUUUUCACAUGGUCCUGAGGUUUCUCAAGAAAGCAGUGGAACUAAGGUAAAAGAGAAAAUACAACAAGGAAAAGAUGAUGAUGUGUCUUUCCUGUCUGAGGGUCAGCUAGCAGAUCGAAGCUGGACUUCUUCUGAAGAUGAAACAGAAAUAACUGAGGAAUUGGAACCAGAAGAUGAGGAAGAGAGAUCUGCAUCUGACAGUGACGAGUGUAUUAUUCCAGGUCCUAUCUCCAAGAAUAUCAAACAGCCAUCAGAAAAAAUUCAGAUUGAGAUCAUAGCUCUAAGCCUUAAUGAUUCUCGAGUAACUGCAGAUGACACUAUCCAACGGCUGUUCGUGGAAUGCAGAUUCUACAGUCUUCCUGCUGAAGAGACACCUGUGUCACUUCCAAAACCCAAGAGUGGGCAGUGGGUCUACUAUAAUUAUAGCAAUGUGAUCUACGCGGAUAAAGAGAACAACCAAGCAAAGAGAGACAUCUUAAAAGCAAUACUACUGAAACAAGAGCUGCCUUACAGAAGUGUCCGCUUCACCGUGGUUAGUGACCCUCCAGAGGAUGAACAGGAUCUGGAGUGCGAGGACAUUGGUAUUGCUAACAUUGACCUCGCUGACAUGUUUCAGGAAGGGAGAGACAUCAUCGAGCAAAAUAUCGAUGUCUUCGAUGCACGGGGAGGUGGUGGACCUAUCGGCAAGCUCAGGGUAACCGUCGAAGCACUCCAUGCCCUCCAGUCCGUCUACGAGCAACACAGAGAUGACUUGGAGGCUGAAAGAAGGUGUUCCAGAGGCAUGUCCUGCUCCUGAGUAAACGCUCACAUGAAAGCUCUGAGAGGAGAUUUCUGUAAUUACUCCGGUGUAUAUAAUCUAUAAUUCAUGGGAUGCAGGGAGGGGGGAGCCCUGGGUUUGUAGUGGUCAAGUUUUGUAUACUUUUCCAUCUGUUUAUUUUUCUAUUCCCUCCUUCCCAUGACUGCCACCCCUCAGGACUUCAGUUCUCCACCAUGGGCAGUACCUCCUCAAUAAUUUAUACCUACAUGAUAGCAUGAGAAAGCCUAUUUGCAUUUUCAGCACUUUCGUAUGAAGAACUGACAUGCUAGUCCCAUUUUUAUUUUUAAUAAGCAAAAAGGAUAAAUCUUAGAAAACCUAUGAAAAGAAAUACUUUUAUGUUAUCCCUAAUCGUCCCACUAAAUGGAAUGCCUAUGAUUAGCCUCAUUAAGAGUUUUAUACUGUGAAGAUUUUAUUAGAAGCAAUAUAUGAAAAUUACUUGGAUUAAUGUGUUAAUCUUCCUCUUUAAAAUGCUAAUAUCCAUUUUAUGCACAUUAAAGCUCAGUAUGCAUUUUCUUUGAUGCAUGCAGUUUCUAUCAAUUAAAUAUAAAAAAUGAGACUUGGCACCAACUUAUUAAAUUACUGCAAGUUUUUGGUUUUCUUUCUUAAAAAUCACACUUCUUCCUAUUUGUAUGAUUUUUAUGGAUCUGUAGUGGUGAUAUGGGAUCCAGGGAUGUGUGUGUGUAUAAAGAGGGGAUAGACAGGUACAUGUAUGUAUAUACAUGAAAUUCAUGUUUUGAAAACUUAGCUUAUGAUACAGAAAGAAAUUAUUAAAAGUAUGGCUCAAAUUCUGAUAUGCUUAGUUAGACCUGAAAGGAAUAUCUUUUUUUUAUCAUUUUUUAAAUUUACAUCAAGCUUGUACAAUGGUGGGGUGUAUCUGGAUAACCAGAUCCUCGAAAAGCAGCUCAGAAAGUUAAUUUUCUAGCUUUUACCCAAUCUCACUGAAGGAUUUAAUUGAUAUUUUUAAUGGAGCUGUGAAUCAAUGCUGCAAAGGAAUUGUCUCUGGAGGUCUAGGAUAUAAUGCAUUUCAUUUUUUAAUUUACUUUUUUAUUUGUCAUUUUCUUCAAAGGAUUUUUAUAGGCUGUGGGUUUUCACUGUUUGCAAACAGGCUAUGUUCCUUCUUAAGCAUAUGUAAAGUAUUCAGGGAGAUAAGUAAUUUAUUAAAAUCUACCUAAUUUGCCGUGAUAUAUUAAAUCUCUGCUUCAGUGAUCACAGACCAUUUCAUUUAGAGAAUUAGGCAUUCCCUCUUUGUGUGAUUAAAGCUCUGGAAAAUGAGUUCUUUGCUCCUAUUUGUGAACAUUCAAAGCCUGCUAAUGGCAAGAAGAUGGAAUAGAUUAUGAGACAAUUCAUUACAGUUCAACAGAAAAAAAAAAAGCAGCUAUAAUGCAAAAAUGCAAGUAUGAAUAUCUGCAUAUAGUUUGAACCAUCUGUGCUCUAAUGGCUUCAAUAAUGACUCUCGUCUUUAGGAGGCUUUGAAAUGACAUCCGUACAAUAUUAAUUUGUUGAUGUACAUUGUGGGACCAGUAGAGUACGAUCUGACCACAGAAAUCUAUAAAUUCUGUCUCUACCAUUGGGCCUCCCUGUCUGGGGCCUGCCAUCUCCAAGAAGAAUCUUGCUCUCGUCAAACUCUGCAAAUCUUCAUAAUAACUCAUUCCUCUGGAACCUUCUAGAGACCACAAACAUCUGCAGACUAAACCUCUCCAAUCCUAGUAAACAGCCACAUGUUUGUUGUCACUUCAGCUGGCUCUGAGCUCAUCUUUUUGGCCUCGCUUUCUAGCUUUCUUUGGCUUCAUGCAGUUACGGUGUCAUUAAGGACCAUAAUAUUCCCUGCAGUAAUUUAAAACAGCCGAAUUAUACCCUGGGGUUAACUGAGUGGUUUUUGAGACAUUUAUUGUGGUAUUCUCCCAGGAGGUUUGUAUUAUUGUUUUAAAACGUUACAUCCCAAACUAAAUACCCUUUCUGCAGGGAAAAGAACCGGAUUGCACUGACUUCUUAUGAUCUUUAAGUAGAGAGGGGGAGUCUUUAUUAGGGAACUUCUGAGACCUCAUCAGCUGGGUGGAAUGUAUACCUCAGAUAUGAUUAGAGAACUAGCCAUGUUUCUGUCACAUUCAUGUUUGCCGUAGAGAUUAUUAAAGAUUCCUUUUCUCGUUUUAAAAUAAUGCACCUUCCAACUAUGUAAAUUCUUACAAAGCUCAUCUUCUUAAGUAAUCGGACAGCUGCUGCCAUAUUUUGAAGUGGGGUAAAUGGUAUUGAAUGCCAUCAUGUGGAUGCUUCAAGUGGGUUUCAUAAUCUGUUCGAGAAGAGUUUUUUAUGUUGUCUUGUGUUGACCAGAGUUCAUUGAAAAAACUCACUACCUUUUUGGAUUACAGAGCAAUGGUUUUCUCUUGGUGCGCCAAGCCUGAACCAUUAAGCAUGGUGAGCAGGAGAGGGGGCACCAACGGUGGCCUUAGCACACUAAUACACCAGUUUAAGGCAAGAUUUUUAUGGACUUACAGCUCUUGGUGUAAAUGUACACAGUACACUCAGCACUUUUGGGGUCUGUAAUGCUUUUAGUUUGGAAAUAUAAAUAGAGAUGUGAUGUGGUGUGUGGGAGAGUGUAUUUUACAUGGUUUUUUGCCUACUGUAGUAGAAAUGUCAAAUUCCCAGCCACUGUCAUGAGAAGCAGUUGACAAAAAUAAGUUUUAUGGUUUACAGUGCGGUUUACAUAGAGAACAUUUCUCUUCACUCUCAAUUUCAACAUGUUUUCUAAAUUAUCAUGGUUUAUUGCCAUUUAAGUUAAAUUAGUUUUUUUAAGAAUAAAUAGAGAAUAUAUUUAAUCAAAUAAAGAACAGCCACAUUGAAAUUCUGCUGUUCCUGCCGUUCAUUCGUUACCACAAAACACAAAUACUUUUUAUGUGUUAUGAAGAAGUGUGGGCUCAGAGGUGGUCAUGUGACUUGGGGGGGGUUCUGCGUGCACCCAUGUUCCCACAACAAAACAUAAAUUAUUUUAGUAAUCUGACAUCAAGAGCUGUGACAAUGAAAACCACUUCUUACACAUGUUCUAACAAGAAUCUGAUUAACAUUUUUGUGGAUAUGGAAAAUAACGUUUUUUAGUCAAGCUGCCACCAUUGCUGAAUUUGGAAUUAUUUCCUUAUUCACUAGAUAGUAAAAUGUGAAUCAUGCCUGUUACCAAAUAUGAAAAUAAAAUGCCAUCUUUGGGUAGUACAGAACAACCAAGGGAGAGCUCUAGGGAUAUCAAAUUAUCGAGUGAUUGACAAUAUCAGGAUGAUAAUUUAUCCCCAACUAUGAGAGUACAUUUCAAUAAGUCACUCAUGCCUGAAGGCCUCUGACUACCUUGACAAAGAAAAUCUAAGCCCAUGAUUUAUUAUAGAUUGGACAACAUGCCUAAUUAGAUCCAUGAAUGGAAACAAACAGCUUUACAUCCCCUUUGUUCAGAACAAAAACAACCUCUAGGUCAACCAGAAAGCUAAAAAAAUCAAAGAUACAGAAACAAGUGUUUUAAAAACUGAAAAUACAGAAUUAGAAAUAUCUCUCAUCCUAAUUUCUUUUAUCUUGCAAGAUAGAU